AAGGAAAACGUCAAUUUAGAGAAAGCAAAAGUAAAGAAACGCUAUAAUUUUUUCAAGCUGCAAAUUCCGGAAUUUUCGAAAUAAUUUGCAAGAAUUCACACAAUUUGCUAACAAAUAUAUAGAAAUCAACUAUAGAAUCUAAAUAAUUAUAAGCGAGUUGAAACAAAAAUAUAUUAUUUACCAUGGAAGAAGCGCGCGAUGAAAGCCAAUUUAUUGUGGACGACGUAAGCAAGAUAAUUAAGGAUGCAAUUGAGAACACCAUCGGCGGCAACGCCUACCAACACGACAAGGUAAACAACUGGACGGGACAAGUUGUGGAGAACUGCCUUAGCGUGCUAACCAAGGAACAAAAACCAUACAAAUACAUUGUCACAUCGAUGAUAAUGCAAAAGAAUGGUGCCGGUCUACAUACAGCCAGUUCUUGUUAUUGGAACAAUGACACAGAUGGCAGCUGCACCGUGCGUUGGGAGAAUAAAACUAUGUAUUGUAUUGUAUCUGUGUUCGGUCUGGCCGUUUAAGAAGUGAUGAGGAUAAGCUGAUAUCGAGGUGAUGCCAAAAGUGGCUACAGCCAGGGGAGGGUACAGACUUUUAGUUGUUUUCGGCGAACACCAAAAGAAAGUAAAACAGUAAAUACUAUAGAAACCUUUAACAUUCUCAAUCCAAGAUCCCGAUAAAUGCUUAUUACAACCUUUUGAAUUCAAUUAUCAAAUCGAUUUUUUACUCUGACCAGAGAGAGCUUAUAAUAAAAAAAUGUGUUAAUUCCUUUUAUAGCUGCAUAAGUUGUUAAAACUACAAAAAAAAAAAAAAAUGAUUAGGGCCUUAAAAAUUAAUAAAAAUAUAGUUGGGGUGAUGUGAGUACUGAUUUUAUGAAUGUUCAAUAAGUGCAGCUUUGAAUAAAAAAUUCGAAUCGCAGAAAAUGUAUUUUUAUAGAGGGUACCAUAAAUAUGUAUAUGUAUAUGUAAGCGCGUACUUUACAUUAAAAACUAAAAUAUUUACUACUAGGAAUUCCAAUAUUUUUAGUUUUCGAUAAAACAUUGAAAUCUUAGUGCUUGGGAUUAUGCCAUUUAUUUCUGAAUAACCACAUACAUAUAUGUAUACAUAAAUAAUUAAGGCUUUGCAUCUAAAAAAUGAUAAUAAAACACUAAUAUUCAAACUAAAA